GCCAGGGAGAGAGCCCCGGGGUAGAGGCGCCCGAGCCGGGCCACGGGAGCAUGUGGGCCCAGAGCGGAGCGCGGGGAGCGCUGCUGCUGGUGUUGCUCCUCUGCUGGGACCCGAGGCUGAGCCAAGCAGGCACUGAUUCGGGCAGUGAGGUGCUCCCUGACCCCUACCAGUCGGCGCCGACUGAGCUGCUGCCCCACUUCCUCCAAGAGCCGCAAGAUGCCUACAUCGUGAAGAACAAGCCGGUGGAGCUGAGCUGCCGCGCCUUGCCUGCCACGCAGAUCUAUUUCAAGUGUAAUGGCGAGUGGGUCAGCCAGAAUGACCACGUCAUGCAGGAGGGCCGGGACGAGGCCACUGGCCUGCCGGUGCGAGAGGUGCAAAUCGAGGUGUCUCGACAGCAGGUGGAGGAACUCUUCGGGCUGGAGGAUUACUGGUGCCAGUGCGUGGCCUGGAGCUCCGCGGGCACCACCAGGAGCCGCCGGGCCUAUGUCCGCAUCGCAUAUCUGCGCAAGAACUUCGACCAGGAGCCUCUGAGCAAGGAAGUCCCCCUGGACCAUGAGGUUCUCCUGCAGUGCCGCCCACCGGAGGGGGUGCCUGUGGCUGAGGUAGAAUGGCUCAAGAAUGAGGACAUCAUUGACCCCACCCAGGACACCAACUUCCUGCUCACCAUUGACCACAACCUCAUCAUCCGCCAGGCCCGCCUGUCGGAUACGGCCAACUAUACCUGCGUGGCCAAGAACAUGGUCGCCACACGUCGCAGCACCACUGCCACCAUCAUCGUCUAUGUGAACGGCGGAUGGUCCAACUGGGAAGAAUGGUCACCCUGCUCUAACCGCUGUGGCCGCGGCUGGCAGAAGCGCACACGGACCUGCACCAACCCCACCCCGCUCAACGGAGGAGCCUUCUGUGAGGGCCAGGCCGUCCAGAAGACUUCCUGCACCACCGUGUGCCCAGUGGAUGGAGCGUGGACAGAGUGGAGCAAGUGGUCGGCUUGUAGCACCGAGUGUGCCCACUGGCGCAGUCGAGAGUGCAUGGCGCCCCCACCCCAGAACGGAGGCCGAGACUGCAGCGGGACUCUGCUCGACUCCAAGAACUGCACCGGCGGGCUGUGCAUGCAAAAUAAGAAAACUCUAAGUGACCCCAAAAGCCACCUCCUGGAGUCCUCGGGGGAUGUGGCACUGUAUGCCGGCAUCGUGGUGUCCAUCCUCGUGGUGGUGGCCGUCCUCAUGGUGGUGGGGGUGGUGGUGUACCGCCGCAACUGCCGUGACCUGGACACCGACAUCACCGAUUCAUCCGCUGCCCUCACUGGAGGCUUCCACCCAGUCAACUUCAAGACUGCACGGCCCAACCAGCCCCAGCUCCUGCACCCCUCUGUGCCUCCGGACCUCACAGCCACUGCCGGCAUCUACCGAGGGCCCGUGUACGCCCUGCAGGACUCGGCUGACAAGAUCCCCAUGACCAACUCGCCCCUGCUGGACCCCCUGCCCAACCUCAAGAUCAAGGUCUGCAGCUCCAGCACCACUGGUUCUGGGUCAGGCCUGCCAGACGGGACUGACCUGCUGGGGGUGCUGCCGCCCGGCACGUACCCUGGCGAUUUCUCCCGGGACACCCACUUCCUGCACCUGCGCAGUGCCAGCCUCGGCUCCCAGCAGCUCUUGGGCCUGCCCCGUGACCCAGGGAGCAGUGUCAGCGGCACCUUUGGCUGCCUGGGCGGGAGGCUCAGCAUCCCUGGCACAGGGGUCAGCCUGCUGGUACCCAAUGGAGCGAUCCCCCAGGGCAAGUUCUACGAAAUGUACCUCCUUAUCAACAAAGCAGAAAGCACCCUCCCACUUUUGGAAGGGACCCAGACAGUAUUGAGCCCCUCGGUGACCUGUGGGCCCACAGGCCUCCUGCUGUGCCGCCCUGUCAUUCUCACGGUGCCCCACUGUGCCGAAGUCAGUGCCAGCAACUGGAUCUUCCAGCUCAAGACCCAGGCCCACCAAGGCCACUGGGAGGAAGUGGUGACCCUGGACGAGGAGACCCUGGACACCCCUUGCUACUGCCAGCUGGAGGCCAGGUCCUGCCACAUCCUGUUAGACCAGCUGGGCACCUAUGUGUUCACGGGAGAGUCCUAUUCCCGCUCGGCAGUCAAGCGGCUCCAGCUGGCCAUCUUCGCCCCGGCCCUCUGCACAUCCCUGGAGUACAGCCUCAGGGUCUACUGCCUGGAGGACACGCCUGUGGCAUUGAAGGAGGUACUGGAGCUGGAGCGGACCCUGGGCGGCUACCUUGUGGAGGAGCCCAAACCCCUGCUGUUUAAGAACAGUUACCAUAACCUGCGCCUCUCCCUGCACGACAUCGCCCAUGCUCACUGGAGGAGCAAGCUGCUGGCCAAAUACCAGGAGAUCCCCUUCUAUCACAUUUGGAGUGGCAGCCAGAAGGCCCUUCACUGCACCUUUACCCUGGAGAGGCACAGCCUGGCCGCCACAGAGUUCACCUGCAAGAUCUGCGUGCGGCAGGUGGAAGGGGAAGGCCAGAUAUUCCAGCUGCACACCACACUGGCAGAGACACCUGCUGGCUCCCUGGAUGCCCUCUGUUCUGCCCCUAGCGGCACACUCACCACCCAGCUGGGACCCUAUGCCUUCAAGAUCCCGCUGUCUAUCCGCCAAAAGAUAUGCAACAGCCUGGACGCCCCCAACUCACGGGGCAAUGACUGGCGCCUCUUGGCGAAGAAGCUCUCCAUGGACCGGUACCUGAACUACUUUGCCACCAAAGCAAGCCCCACAGGUGUGAUCCUGGACCUCUGGGAAGCUCUGCAGCAGGAUGACGGGGACCUCAACAGCCUGGCGAGUGCCUUGGAGGAGAUGGGCAAGAGCGAGAUGCUGGUGGCCAUGGCCACUGAUGGGGACUGUUGAGCUGUCCCGGACUGCGGGCUCGUAGGAACUGGCAGGAGGCGGGUGCAGGGAGUCCAGGCAGCUUCCUAUGGGGCAGGUCAGCCUCUGCUGCCCCCAGCUCACAGCCAGAGUCACCCCUACUCCUCCUCCCUUGCCCCACCCCCAGACCACAACCAGCCUUAGGAAUUCCGUGUACUCUGGUGUCGGGAGGACCUGGUGUUCCUUCCCACCCCUGCUGUGUCUCCUGGCCUCAGACCUUCGUGAAGAAGCCGGAGUGGGGCUGAGGCCUCUGGAAACACUUAGGGGGUGGCCCUCCCUCCUCCACAUGCCGCCCUGGGACCUCUGGGUUAAGUAUUUUUUAGUUUUGUUCUUCGUUUUCUUCCUCAGCUAUUGAUUUCUCCCUCCUCCCUAAGCCCUCUGUCUUCACACCAUUUUCCUCUUUGAAGAGUCAAGUACAGUUCAGACAGACUGCUUUCUCCUGUCCAAAACUUAAAGGAAAGAAAGAAAGAAAGAAAGAAAGCUUCAUACCGCUAGUAAGGCUCGAAGAAGAAGAAGAAAAACACCAAAACCACAAGGGAAAAGAAAAACCCAGUUUCUUAGGAAACGCAAAUGAUUUAUUAUCCAGAUAUUUGGAUAAGUGCUUUUUAAGAAAAAAAAAAAAGAAAGAAAAUGAAAAAUAACAAAAAAAAAAUAGAAAACUCUUUUCUUGAGUGUGGUGAAUGUGAGCGUGCUCAUGGUCUUGGCCAGGAGUGAGAGAGAGAAUGCGUGCGCGCACGCGUGCGUGCAUACAUGCGUGCGUGUGUGUGUGUGUGUGUGUGUGUGUGUGUAUCAGGGAGAGAGAGACCGAAAAGGGAACACUCUGCUGCUAAUGAUUCCAUCUUAGACUAAAUCCUUACAAGUCCUCAGUUUCCCCAGUCAUACAGGCUCAGGUGGGGAUAUAGCCAUGGUACAUGUUUCCCUCUAAAAUCUUAAGGAGACAGUGAAUUUAUAAAGCCAAGGAGCCCUGAGCUCUGGAGUGGGGUGGGGUUUUCCCUCCCUCCCGGGCUCCUCUUGGCCCUAGGACAGAAAGCGUGGGCCGCCCAGGCCAGCUGUGCACCAGGGAGACCGUUUCCAGCACCAUGAUCUGGUGGCUCCUGGAAGGGGAUAUGGCCCAGAAGUAGGGCCCCAGCAGAGAAAGAAGUGGGAGACCAGAGUCUCCCCUGGUCACCUCUUCUAAUUCACCCUAAGGCGGGGCCAGCCAGGACACUUCCCUCCCAGCAGCCUCUAGAACAGGUAGGCUGGAGCAGGUUGGGGUGCUCUCGAAUCCCAGGAAUCCAGGACUCUCCCUUCCCCA